GAAUUAAAAGACAGUAUUUGACAUAAAACUAUAAAAACUAAAUUUUUUUUAUUAAAUUUGUAAAAUUUGUUUAUUAAUACAGUGAAUUUUUAGUUGAAGAUUAAGUUUUUCAAUAAAAAAUGAAAUCAAAAAUAUUAUUAAUCGUUAUAAUUAUUUCGUUUGAAAUUAUAACUAUAGCUUUUAGUGUACCUACAAAUCGAAAUUCAAAUCAGAAUAGUCCAAGAUUAACUCUUUCCAAUAGUUCAAGAUUUUUAAUGGCGAUGUUAGAAUCAUGUUGCUUAGGAAGACGUUCAACUACAAUUGACAAUCCAAUUAUUUCAACAUUAAAAUACAAAUUAAAUUGUGAAAAAUUACACUGCGAUGAUGACAAUGAAUCAGCUUUAUCAGAUGAUGAAUGUGCCGUUUGUAUGGAUGAAACUAUGCGUCGAAAUAUGUACCUAGUUCCUUGUGGACAUUUAUAUUGUAUACACUGUAGUAAAUUUCUCUAUAAAGAUAAAAAGUGUUUUAUGUGUUCAGCACCAUUUACAGAUAUACGAACUUUGACAGAAGAAGAAAGUAUUCAACGAAAAAAUAAUGAUAUGGGUUAUAUAAUAACACCAGAAGCUAGACAAAAACAAGAAAAAAGUAGAGCACAAUAAAAUAACUGAAGAAAUUAGCAACUAAAACUAAUUAAUUUUAUUGUAAAAGUAUGAAUUCCUUUUAAAACUUAUUAUUGUAUAAACGAAAUGUAAUAAACAUCUAAAAAAAUGUUUUAAUGAUAUUUGUGCAUACAUAUAAGUUUUAAUUUGCUUAAUAAAAAAAAAUUAAUUAAAAAAUUGGAUUGAUUUGUAAUAAUGAUACUUAAUGAUUUUAAAGUUGUUAUCAACAGGUUAAAUGUAUACUAAAUAAUAAUUCUCUAAUUAGUUAGUUACUGUAAUUACUACUGUUGAUUAUUACUUUUGAAAUGUGAAAAGUACUCAUCACUUUAGUGAUUGUAUUUGUAAUAAUAAUAAUAAUAAUAAUAACAAAUAAAAUAAUACUAUGUUCACUGAAAGAAAAGAUUCAAAAAUAUCCAUUAAGCAAUAAAUGCACGUUAAUAUUAUAUAUAAAUGAUAAAUAUUUGUAAUAAAAGUGUUAAAUAAUAAACACAACGGUGUGUUAAAAAACUCAUGUUGACAUUUUUUUUUAUUAAACAAGUAAUAAAUGAAUUAUAAAUAAUUGUAUAAUAAUAUAAUUAUUAUAUCCUAAAGCGUAAACAUUAUUUAAAAAAAAGUACUGCAAAAUAGUGUAUAUCUAAAUUUAUAUGCGGGACCAUCAUGUAAAUCGUUUAUCAUAAACCGUUUAUUAUAAACUCACAAAAUAUAAAUAAUUUUAAAAUAAUUUUUUUAAAUUUACUAUUACUUGCACAUUGUUCUUGAAUACGUAUUAGCUAUGUAAUACUUAUUAUGUUCAUCCCUUAUACCUUGUAAGGGUGUCAACUUUAUUUUUUCAAAUUGAAACAUAAAAUUUUAUUUUAUUUUUAUUUAAUAAAAAUUUAUUAUUUUUAA